CAGUUGAUUUUAGUACAUUGGUCUGUAAAGACAUCCCGUAUCGUCGUCGUCGUCGUCGUCGUCGACGUCAACUGCCCUAUCCGUUGUUAGCGUUCCGCAUUUUGCGUGUGUGUCUGUCUGUCUGUCUCCUCCCGUGGGGACUCAUUAUCCGGGUCCGUUUUUUGCUCCGAUCAGUGGUUCUUUAGCAGUGUGUGGUGGAUAGGGAUCGUUACCUGUGUAGACCACAGCGCUGUUGUUCUCCGGAAGACGUUUCCUUGUAACAUACCAGCCAGCGUGCUUGUUACAUACGCGGCCACACCUCCAACUGCGGUGCAUAAUUGCUGUGCGAUCGAUUGUCGUGGGUCAGUUCCAGAGUUGAGUCGGUAGCAAGCGAACAGGAAGCAAACGUCGCCAACCUCUAGCGGAAUCCCGGUACCUACCAGUCAGUAGGUGCGGACAACACACGUGUCAAAAGUCAAUCGCCUCCGAUUGUCGAUCGGUGGAUUUCGUCCGAUUGCCGCCCCCACAGAAAUUGGCCAAAGGCACUGUAAAACUCGGUUCUGUGUGCAGAAAAUUCGCCAGAAAACUUCCCCCCGUCCGGUAAAGAGGAACCUUACUGCUGCUGGUGGGUUGCUGCUGCUGUGUUCCCAACUAACCCGUUCGUUUCCGUUCCCGGGUGUAUUGUGCUCCGAGUGUUUUCGCUGGAAAGUGAAAAUCGAUUUCUGGUCGACGUUGUCGUUGGUGCAAUUGCCUAUAAACAAGUGUGUCUUGUUGGUAGGGUGUGUGCUCGAGCUGUGUCGGUCUCGGUGGUGAAACAGUCCAGAUUUUGGUGGAAAGUUUGCUAGCGGAAAACUCCCGAGUGUGGAAUUUGUGGUUUUCCGAUUUUCCGGAAAGUGUUGGAAAAUUGUGCUUUGGAAGUAAUUAGAAGCUCAAGUGCAGAAGAAAGUGGAAUUUCCCAAGUGGUAUCAUUAUCCGAGGAAGUGAAUGAGCUGACGUCGUCAGAUUCCAGUGAGGCUAUAAGAAUAAAUUGUCUGCAGUGUUUAGAAUAACUACAUGCCUGAGGUUGAGCCUUUGUUAACGAGUGGUAGUCUACAUUGUUGGUGAAUUGUGUCAAGAGGAAUGCUGUUGUGGUUGUAGGAGCAGAGAGCGAGGAGAAGCAGUCAACACGUCAAGUCUAUAUCAGCAAAAAGUGAAAAAUUGUUGACCCGGCUCAACAUUGUCAUCACGAACAGUUGGAACUACUCGUAGAUUUAGAUUUUGAGCUCGCCAAAUAGAAAACAAUAAAAAAAAUCCGGCUCCAACAGACGACAAAUUAUUCCCAGUGAAUCCCACCAGAGAGAGAAAUCGGGCACCCUCUAACAAAGUGCUGCCGUUUGCUGACACAGCGCAAAGUCGCAAGCAAAAUCACAAUGAUUGAUCUCGUUUAGGCAAAACAAAACCCUGUGUUGAUAUUUAUACUAGUAGUACGUAGUAGUUCGUCCUCCAUCACUGUGAGAGAGAGAGGGGGCGGAAGAGGUGAAAGAAGCUUCUCAACUAGGCGGAAAUAGCCAUAGGAAAUUAAUUUUCGCGAUUAAACAACAACACUCACAGCUAGACACACAUUCAAAAUGGUAGACUAUUACAAAGUGUUGGAAGUUUCCCGGACCGCCACCGAAGCAGAAAUCAAAAAAGCAUACAAAAAACUGGCGCUACGAUGGCACCCGGAUAAGAAUCCAGACAAUGCAGAUGAAUCCAACAAGCGGUUCAAGGAGAUCUCAGAAGCGUACGAAGUUCUAUCAGAUGCCUACAAACGACACAUUUAUGACACCCGAAACACGCGGAAGAGUGCCACCACCGGUGACCGUUACACUUCCGGAGGAGGCGGUGGCAUGCGUGACAGCAGCAACUACACCGCCUAUACCAAUCGGGACUACAGCAGUGGCAAGUACGGUGGCGGCCACUUUGACCACUGGUCCUACGGGGGGCGAUACGGCAGCGGCGGCGGGACACGGUCUCACCACGGUGGGUCCGGCGGUCGCGAGAACAGCAACCGUACGUUCUCGUUUCGGGGAUUCUUCGAGACGACGCCGUUUUUCCGCUUCUUUGAGAAAAAACGUCGCAUCUACGACCAGUACGGCAAGGAAGGCCUGAUGAACAAUGGUGCUGACCGAUACCACCAGAGCAGCCGACACCGGCGACACAACGGCGGUGGCAUCCACGACGAGUUCGACAUCUUCGGCGGAUUCCCGUUCACAUUCCGCGACCCGGAGGAGGUGUUCCGGGAGUUCUUCGGCGGAUCGCCGUUUGAGGAGAUCUUCAGGGUGACGUCCCACCACCACAAUGGGCGCCGGGCGAACGGUGCCACCAAUGGACAGCGACAUUCCCACCCGCAGAAUGUGAUCAGCUCGCCCUUCAUGUCCCCGUUCAUGAGCUUUAACCUGAUGGACGACUUCUUCAACGCGGACCCGAUGGGACACCGGGGUGGUGGCGGCGGUGGCUUCACCUCGAUAUCGGAAUUCAGCGUCGGUAGCGGCCCGGUGAAGCGAACGUCCACCUCGACCACCUUCGUCAACGGCAAGAAGCUGAUGACCAAAAAGGUGUACGAGAACGGUACUGAGACGAUAAUGUCCUAUGAGAAUGAUGUACUGAAGUCAAAGACUGUAAACGGAGUCGCUCAAGCUAUAUCCAGUUAUAACCACUAGGAUCGCUGCAGGCUUAGCUAUUACUGCAAAUUACUAAUACUACCACUACUAUUACUACUACUACUAGUACUGCUAGCACUACCUAUUACAUCAAUUUUGUUCGAGUAGGCAGGAGGCAGAGUCAAGCGAUAGGAGUAUGUGUACGUGUGGAGAAACCCCUUAGAACUAGCAUUAAUUGAUAGCAACGCCCCCCUCCCCCUUAUACAUAAUACUUAUACAAGAAACAACCUAGUAGAUUAGUAACAAACCAACGUACGGAUCAAAUACCACACUGUGUUACAGAGAAGCAAACAAGGCAGAGACGGAGUUUGCUAUAGGGGUGGAUCGAUCAACCGGCGUUGACGUUGUCGAGACGAGAGGUUUGUAGACUUUUGAUUUUUUUUAAAUUAUUUUCCUGUAUAGAUUGAAACGUUUGGACUUGAUGCUCCCGGAAAGUCUGCCAUGAUACCAAAUUUUGCUGCAGCAAAAUUUUUGUGACAAGAUUGUUAGAAAUUGAAACAAUGAUAAAAAGAUGAUUACCCACACAAAAUGCUUACGAUUAGUUUACUGUAUUCAUUCACCUUCCCGUUGUACACCCAGCUUAAGCAUAUUGUCAUCAUUACGAAAAGAACGAAAGUUAUGGGCCCAUACUUUUUCCGCAAAAUGAUUUUUUCAUUCAAAAUUGUCAACUUUGGAAGUUUGUCCCAUUUUGUUGCAAAAGUAUUGAUCAAUACUGACCGCAACAAGCGUUUACUUGGCAUCCAAAAAUAAACAAUCGAACUGAGGAAAACAUACAUCAUAAUAUGGCAUAACGACACUGACAUAGAGCUUUUAUCCGCUAUGGUCGUUUGGUAUUAUGGGUAUUUGGCAUAAUACCGUUUGGUAUGGUUUCCGGACAGCUGGAGGAAAGACAUUUGCCCAUUAUGCCAAACGACCAUUAUUAAAAGCGGCACUAUGCCAAAUAGGGUACUAAUCAUAAAUCGAUAUAUCCCAUAUGGCUUUAGAAUCUACUCAUUACGAACUAAUCGCUAGAAGAAAUCAAAAAGUGGUCAUUUCAUCGACUCUAUUCCUUUUGUCAUAGUGGCCGUUUGGCAUAAAAACCAAUUCGCGUAAUCAUUAUUUCCUAAUGGUACCAUUUGGCGUAGAAAUGAUAUGUAGAAAGAAUCAUGGAUCGGGUUAUGCCAAAAGGCCUUUAUGUUGAACUGAGUACAGUCAUGUCACAGCUACAAUACUUACAUUAAAACACCCAAAAAGAAACGUGCUAUUGAAUGUUCAGACCGAAUUUACCGAACCGAUCAGAUGGAUACAGCAGCCAGACGAGAAGCUGAUAUAAUUCCGUAAAUCGUAUUAGAGAGCAAACUAUUUUUGUACAACAUACCAUUCAUCGAAAAAUCAAAAUUGGGAAUCAACAUUAGAUUAUACAGACAUCGUGAGGAGAAAUUGUGUCAUUUUCAAUCAUAGCACUUUUUUGGAAUCUAUGGUUUGUCCUCAGUUGGAAAUUUACCAGAAUAUAUCAAAAUUAUUGGGAUUGCCUCAUUUGAUAUAAUGUCCUUUGGCAUAACGUCUGCAUAAUAGAAAUUGAACCAUUUGGACGUGUUAUUAUUAUAACAUAAAGAAAAAAAUGCUGAAUGCUUUGUUUUGUAUAUUCAAAGGUCUGUUUUAGCUUAUGUCAACUUGCUGAGGUACGAUUAUGUCAAAUAUGUGUAAUGAUUGAAUUCAAUUAUAAAAUUUCUCUUUCACUACACAAGAGACAUUGAUAUCAAAUGGGAUUCUUCCAAAAAAUAUUCCAAUUCAUAACCUCACAAAACUAAGCUGCACAGCAAAACCAAUAUCUAAGUAUUUUUCAAUUUAUAUCUGUUUCUGUAACAUAUAAGUUAAAUAAUGAAAGUUGCUAACGUAGGACAAUUACCCUAACCACACGGUUUCCCAGCAAAUAAAAACACGAACUUUUGUUCAUAUUUGUAAAAUAGUAUCUACCACAAAUCGUUUAAGAAAUUCGAGAACAACCUAUAUAUGUGAUGGCUCCUGAGUGGCGACGAAAUCCACCAGCUUAGCUGGGGAUGAGCUACCGCUGUCGGCUCGCAUCAAUCAUUUUGUGGUUAUAUCUAAUGGGGGGAGAUGAGUUCACCUUGGUCGUGUGCGCGCGCCUUAAUGUUUUUCAUUUUACGAAUUACAUUUUGAUCGACUCAGCUGUAAAUCCCAACACUAAUUAGAUUUUGUCCAGUUCGCCAUUCGAAGGCGCCCCAUGGUUGGGCGUUAAACGAGAAUGUAUCUCAUUUGGCAUAACGGUCGUUUGGCAUAACAUGUAAAGCAAUCGAUUUGGAAAAUGACAUUGUCGACUGUUAUGUGAAACGACUGUUAUGCCAAAUGGAUUACUUCCCGUUAGACCGAGUUGCGCAGGAAUCAAAGUGAGAAAAAAUGAAAAUUAGUAAUAUUAGUAUGUAAGAGCACCUUUUUUUCUUUUGUUUUGUUCAUAAAUUAGUUCAACUUAUUGGUUUGUGUACUUUUCGAUGGAUUGACGAGAAGCAGUGAAGGAAUAUGAGAGCGAGCUUUGUGGGUUUUACGCCAUUACAUGUAGCGGAAGUACGAUGUUCAUUUCUUGUUAAGUAAUAAUAACCUAGCUAUUAUAAUAUACACAAACAGGAAAAAAGCAGAACGAAAAGAUGAUGAAACAAAAAUGAAAACAGACACAUUUUAUCAUCGUAAUGAUUAAUAACAGUAACCGAACACGAGAAAAAAAAGUCAAAAUAAAAACCGUAAAACACAAACAGAAAACGAAAAUGUAUAAUCAAAUUUGAAACUAUAUGGUAACAUUUUUUGUAGCGUGAUAAUAACCAUUGGAAACACAAACCCGUAACAACACUGUAACAAUAGAUAUAAUAAUGGAUACAAACAAAAACAGCAAAUAAAAACGGCAUUGGAAAUAGCAACAGCAGAAGCCGAUUACAGUCGAGAAAGUACAGCUCUAGUGCAUAAUGUUAAAUUUAAAACCAAGAACGGAUAAGUGUGGCAGACGAAGUGAGAAGACUUAUGGGAAAAAACAAGAAGAAAAAACACGA